UAUAACCCACAAUCCCUCUCUAGUCCUUCCUCUUUUCCGCUCCGCGACAAUGUCUAAGAGAGGACGUGGUGGGUCUUCUGGAGCAAAGUUCCGCAUCUCGCUGGGUCUCCCAGUGGGCGCGGUGAUUAACUGCGCAGACAACACAGGUGCCAAGAACCUGUACAUUAUCUCUGUGAAAGGCAUCAAAGGCCGACUGAACAGGCUGCCUGCAGCAGGUGUGGGCGACAUGGUUAUGGCCACAGUCAAGAAAGGCAAACCAGAGCUCAGGAAGAAGGUGCAUCCUGCUGUGGUGAUUCGACAGCGCAAAUCAUAUCGGCGAAAAGACGGUGUCUUUCUGUACUUUGAGGACAAUGCAGGAGUCAUAGUCAAUAAUAAAGGUGAAAUGAAAGGCUCUGCAAUCACAGGACCCGUUGCCAAGGAGUGCGCGGACCUGUGGCCGAGGAUUGCUUCAAACGCAGGCAGCAUUGCCUGAUCUUUCAACGGCUCAGAUUUUCAAUAAAAUAUUCAGAAAGCCA